ACAAAGCACUUACGAAUACUUUUCUCGAUGAGUAGACAAAAAUAAUUGUCCACCUCUGUAACCGAUCAAUUCAAGCUUAAACUUAAUGAAGGUGGGAAGAUUUUCAAAUCAAUGAUACCGACUCAGUAAAAACAUUUCUAUGCGUCUCCCUGUCGAUCAAUGAUGGAAUUUAAAAGUCACACAUUUGCAUGGAAAGUCUCUGUAAGAAGGUGACUUUAGGAAUCAAGUGUCAACGAGCAGAAAGCAAUAAGUUCGGUAUUGAUAUAUGAAAAGCACGGUAAAGGAAUCUUCCAUCAACUGGUAUAUCUGCAGUAAUAAAAAAAUACAUUGGAUCAUUCAACAAUUUAGAAUGAACUCAUCAUUUGAUAGGAAACGAAACAUUAAAAAAGACCGUUGCCAGUAAAGUAAAAGUAAUCAAGGCAUUUGUAAUAUCUACAUGAAACAAAAACUGUAGAGAAACAUCGGGAAAGAGAUAUUCAAGCUGCUUGUACAUUAAACAUGUUCCUGUACCAGUAUAUUUUGCAUGGUAACAUGAAAAGCAUAGAACGACUAUUACUAAAAUGAGUGAGAGUAUAGAAUUCUACAUUAUUUGAGCUGCUUAUUUUGAAAGCACCCGAUGCCAGUAACACCUUUUGUGCUUGUUGAUAUUGUUGAUACAUAUAAAAGGUCUAAACAAAAUAUUUCCAAUUACAAAGGGCAUUCAGAUUAAUGUUACAAUCAAUUAAAAUUAACAGUAUAGAUUGAUAGAAAAUAUAUGAUGAAUAAUUUGACAAUAAAUUUUACUGUUCUUUUGGAUGCAUCUUACAACUAUUGUUCAGUACCGAAAAUAAGGAGCUAAAAAAAAGAGUGAAUUCAGUGAAAUAACUGAUAAAAUGUCACAGUAACAAAGGACGAUAUAUGAAAAUGAUAAAAGCGAUAUGGAUCAAACGCUGAUAUAGUGAAUAUAACUAAAAUCGAGGUGUCAGUGAUAAUCAAAGACACGUGUCAAUCUUUCUCUUCUUCAAAGAUUAAACUUGUAAUUUUGUUCCCACUUGAUAACAUAAAAGAUACACUAUGAUUCUAAGAGGCUGUCCAACAAACAUCAUUGCAGUAACAAUCAUUUUCUUCCUAUACAAGACUGGAGAGUCCAUGUUAGAUGCAACUACACGGCCUUAUAUAUUGAAAGCCGUCUGCCAUGAUAAUUUCCCUUUCAAUGCAACAUACUGUCAACACAUUGACUGGUAUCCCGUCAUAGAGAGUGACAUACAACGAAAAUCAGCAACAUACCUAAUUUAUUACAGAAUUUUGAUCAAUGUACCGUCUGUCAUACUGGGACUAUUUUGUGGUGCAUAUAGUGACAAAUAUGGAAGAAAAAUACCGAUGAUGCUUCCCAGUCUUGGUAGUGUUUUUGGGGUACUACUUUACAUGGCAAGUUUGGCAUACGACGAAUUCAGAAUUCCAUUGAUUCUGAUUGGUGCAGCCGUUCAGGGGAUGUUUGGUAAAAGUACGGUUAUUACAAUGGCGGUCAACAGUUACAUAGCAGAUGUAACGGAAAAUGACGAACGAAUCCGAAAACUUGGAAAUCUCCUGGCAAUGAACUUCUUUGGGUUAUUUGUUGGGUCGUUCAUGUCCGGAAUACUGCAGGAUAUUUCAAAUCUUUUAACAACAUAUUGUGUUGUGAUCCUGCUCCAUGGCUGCACGAUCUUGCUGACUGUGGCUGCUAUGAAAGAAAGCGUUGAAUAUCCAGCGAAAUCAGAAGAGGGAAAAUCCGAAUUUCUCGCUUUGUUCAACCCGGCCAACAUCAAGGAUGCUUUUGGGGUCUUGGUAAAGUAUCGACCAAACAACAUGCGUACGGUUCUAUUAGUUUUGUUCUUACUGACAUUACUAAAUCAAACGUGUAAAGUAGGUGAGAUGGAUGUCACGGUCUUGUUUGUAACUAGGUCACCACUCAGCUGGCCUAAAUCAUGGUAUGGAUACCUUCUAUCUGUCGAUUAUGCUGUAAUGGGAUUGUGUCUGCUCUUUGUACUUCCGGUGCUAUCAAGCAUCGUUCAUCUGUCUGAUGCUUCAAUACUUAUGAUAGGUAUAAGCUGUAAAAUUGUUCGCUUGACGUGGGCAGCAUUCGCGUUUAGGACGUGGAUGGUCUAUGUCUCCGUGAUCAUUGGAGCGUUUGCUGGAUUGAUUACAUCUGCAGUACGAUCACUUGUCAGUAAAUCGGUUAAUGAGCAUGAAGCAGGGAAACUAUUUUCAUUAUUAGCGUGCGCAGAAACAGCAUCAAAGCUGUUUGGUGUAUUAAUAUUUGUGAAUUUGUACAGUGAGACGGCUGACCUGUUUUCUGGAUUAGCAUAUUUAUUUGAAGCUGUUUUGUAUAUUUGCAUGAUCUUGUUGGUGAUAUGGAUAUUCAAAGAUAUGAAAAAUGUAGGAACAAUAGAUUUAAUGCAGGCAUUAGAAGAACAUUCCAGUUUUAACAAAGGUUCUGUCAAUUAUAACACAUUGUCAAAUAACCCACUUCCGGUGUUAGAUGAAUUGGAGGAGCAGCCGUCGUAUCCUACUCCUCUACCAGCCACUACCCCAUAAUGAAGAACUGUUAUGUUAUCAUUGAUUGUUAAAGUCUGUUGAUAUAUGGUUGUGAUGUUUGUCAGUAAUUAUAAGCAAUGUUCACCUAUUUUCAUUGAUUUCAUUUGCACGGACUAGCAACAUUCACAGAAAAUAACAUGGGUAUGAGAUAAUGGCAUUUUUGACAUUAUGCAUCUAGGAAGGUACCCGAAUAAACCCCCUAGCCGCAUGUUUAAAAACUACAAAAUCAUAUAAAGUAAAAAACGAGUUUUUUAAACAUCUUUUUGAUAAAAACAAUAGUAAUUAUAAUUAUAAGGACUACAUAAAACAUAUCUAAAAUUUGUUCUUAUAGUUUUGUGUCUUAACGUACUUAAAUGGGGAUACGUAGAUACUUUGUUAAGAACCACACUCAUUCCGAUAACAAAUACACUGAAGAUGAUAUUACUGAAUGCAGUGAGUUGAUAUUUCAGCAGACAGUCGGAAGUUGCAAUUGGUACUAAAGUGCAUCACUACUUUCUGAUUUGUUUUGUACUAAUACGAAGCAGCACAUAUCCAAAUCCAAAACCUUCUUAAAAAAACAAAAACAAAACAAAAAUUGUCUGGCAAAGAUCUUUAAUUUCACUUUUAAAUACAUUGAUGGUAUUCUGAAACUCAACAAGUCACAUGUCCAUUAGUGCUUACAACUCAUAUAAUAUCCUAGUGAAGUUGUUGUGAACGAUACUACCGAAUGAAGGUCAACGACAGGUAGGAUUGUUUCCAAGCAGGGUUCAAGCAUGUAUACAUUGUGUGAUCGACACAUAGUUCGUCAUUUUAUUAUGCUGUUUUUGUGUCAUGUCAUAAAUCAAUUUUAUGUAUUCGUUGUUAUUCUGUGGUUAACCUCGGCUUUGGUGUUUAGAUUUGUGGUCUCUCAAUCUAUUUAUGACGUUUGAACAGCGGUAUACUACUGUUGCCUUUAUUUAUAGUAGUUAAGAAACUGAGAUAAUUAAACCGACCGUUGACUUUUUAAUAAACUAUUCUAGUCGUUCCUUCGUGCAUGGUAAUUCUUAAGUGAAAGGUGUACAUAUAUAACUGUACAAUAGAGGCGGAAAAUACCAUGGUGACAUUCAAAACUCAUAAUGAAGAUAAACAUAUUUCCAACAAAAAAGACAAAAACACAAACAAACUUACAAACCCAGUCAUGGUCAACUCAAUGCCGAACCCAACAAAAACAACUAGAACUACUAUAACCUGAAAAUUUUCCAAUAUGUAUAGCUGGAGAUGAUAAAAUGUUUCUGUAAAGAAUUGAGGUCAACGAUAGAAAAAUGAAGUCAUUGUGUUUUUAAAAGUCACGAGUUGUCUGUCAACGUGACUUUUGAGGACAGACUUAUAGGAUCAGGUUUUAUAGUCACUGUAAUACUUAGAAGUCUUUUUUUUUCUUAGUCUCUAUGAUGAUUUUGUAG